AUGCAAACGUCUGGAAUCAUGAACCAGAGCUCAGUCCGCCGUAACCUUUUCCACGGGAACCUCAGCCGCAGACCUGCCUCUGCAGGACCGCCCAAUGGCGCAGUUCCUCAGAACCACAACGGCCUUUCCAAUCGCCCCUCGCACCGGCUGAAGACUACAUCUUCGGAUUCGGGACCGCAUACUCGACCAUACAAAACGUCGGAGACCAAAGAUAUUGUGGUUCGAGACAAGAAUGGUAGCUACAAGCUUGAGAUUCCGACGUUGCCGCAGGCCCUGGUUGGAGAGGAUGGAGAGGAGCUGGCCGAACUUGCGCCGGAGGAUGGAGGAUUUGAUUCUUCGGAACUCACUGGGCGUGACAAAGAGAAGUUUGAGGCCGCUCUUGUAGAAAUGAUGGUUCGGCACCGGACCAGGCAAUCGAACGGUGAACCUGAUGAGAUUCUAAACAUGGUCCACGAGAGCCUACGCAAAAAAGUAGCAUCAUUGGAUGACGAUAAUUGGAUGUUUGAACCCGAGAAGGACUCGAUUUCUAACUAA